CUAACUUUUAGUUUCAGAAUGAAUUUAAAGUCUUAGAAAGCUGCACAAGUACCAGCUUUCCAUUCCAAGUUUUAAUGUGUGCUUUAAGCAACAUCCUUGGUGCUUUUGACAAACUAUGCUUUCACAGUUACAUUGCAUUGCUUAAGUAUUGUUUAAGUAUUGUUUAUUGUUAAUUUACUUCUGUCAUAUCUUCCUCUAUCUCAUUUCCCACUCUUCUUUGCCUGUUGCCAUGAGGUGUACACAUGAGGUGUAGCCUGUAUUUCGUUGAUGCAAAUAAACACAGUAAUGCUUUUUGUCUUGCUAUCUAUUUUAGACAUGAGGUUGUGUAUGGAAGUAGCGCUUUCUACAGUAAGCAAUUCUUGGGCACCUUAGCUAAGAGAGAUCUGAAGCCUACUCAUGCUUAGCUAAAGUAUUACCAUAUUUUAGUAAACAUUAUUAUAAUGAAGUGACAGUAUUUUCUUUUUCUUCCUGUCUGACCAGGAAUGUCAGGUAUCCAGGCUGAAGGCAUUAGCAGGCUCUUUCUCAUGCUCCUGUCUGCAUAUGAAUUCAGUUGCACCCUCUGGUUUGUUUAGAACUCUAUACCUUUCAGUAUGUUAUGGCGUUAUGAAGUGGUGGAAGACUUUGUUGGGAAUUGUUUUACACAACUCAUACAUCGCCCAGGCAGAUAUUCAGAACAGUAAUGGAAAAAAUGUGCCUCAGAGAUUGCUGACCUCAGACCUUGCAGAAACCUGCUUUAUCAGAGCUGUGAUGGCCAGUCACCAAGCAGAAGUUCAGAGUUUGAAGUUAGAUAAUGAUUCAGUUAUAGAAGGAGUAAGUGACCAGGUACUGGUGGCAGUUGUGCUCAGUUUCACUUUCAUUGCUGCUCUGGUAUAUACACUUUUAAGAAAUGAACAUCAGAACAUACAUCCAGAAAAUCAAGAGCUAGUGCGAGCUCUUCGUCAACAGCUUCAAACUGAUCAGCAGGAUGCUUCUGCUGGUGACCGGCAUCGCUUCUAUACAGAUAUGUCGUGUCCAGUCUGUUUGCAACAGGCUACAUUCCCUAUAGAAACAAACUGUGGACAUCUCUUCUGUGGUUCCUGCAUUAUUGCCUACUGGAGGUAUGGCUCAUGGCUGGGUGCCAUCCGCUGCCCAAUCUGCAGACAGACGGUAACACUGUUCUUACCACUCUUUGGUGAAGAUCAGCAGGGUGCAGCCCAAGUGUUUCAAGAUGUUAAUGAUUACAAUCGAAGAUUCUCAGGACAGCCCAGAUCCAUUAUGGAAAGAAUUAUGGAUCUCCCCACUUUAUUGCGACAUGCUUUCAGGGAGAUGUUUUCUGUAGGGGGCCUCUUCUGGAUGUUUCGCAUCAGAAUAUUCCUCUGCUUGAUUGGAGCCUUGCUGUACCUGGCUUCACCUCUGGAUUUUCUUCCUGAAGCUCUGUUUGGAAUUCUGGGGUUCUUGGAUGAUUUCUUUGUCAUUUUUCUUCUGCUGAUAUAUAUCUCUAUCAUGUACAGAGAAGUGGUAACACAGCGUCUAAAUAGAUGAAAUGGACAAAAGUGACUCAAAAGCAGAGUCAGUUGUGGAAUGUUUUAAAAAGAAAACUAUAACGUAAGUAUGAUAUAGCAAGGUGCCUGUGUAUGAUUUCAGUAGUAACAAUUUCGUAGCUGGUUAUGUUAUACAAACAUAAAGGGUUAGUAUAUGGUGAUGCUUAACUGGAAUCUUUAAUUUGUGCAUUACAUAUGCUUCGUAAGGAUGAGGAUAGUUUCAUAAUGUUGUAAUAAACCACCUUCAUCUACUUCCACCUGAUGAACAACUGUGUGUAAUCAAGACAGGAAACAUUUUUUUUUUGGUGUGUUGUGGUUUGUGAAAAAGGAGUUCCAGCAAAGUGCUUCAAACAAUAAGCCCGGUUGUGUGAUCUAGACGUGUAAGAAAAUUCAGAAAUUCUUCACAGUACAGUUAUCAUGGCUAAAUUGUUUGAUGUCUUCCUUUUGUGGGCUAGAGUUUUUUGAAAUAAAAGUAGCUUUGUUUGUCUCUGUGGAAGAAGAAACCCAAGCACCAUGUUAGAAUUACCACCCUGCAGUUUGCUGUUGUCCACAUGCUUUGGAAAAAUAAGGAUAAGACCUUGGUAUUGUUUGAACUGCGCUAUUUACAGUUGCAUGCAAUUUGUAUAAUUUUCUUUUUAUAUUUGGGAAUAUACACACAAUGUCUGCUCUACAUUGAGAAACCAGUAUUAUGCACGUCACACUUGUUAGUGCUCUAUUUUCUUAAGUGAGAGCAUGGGUUUUUUUCUUCAGACUUUUUUAUUUGGUAAGUAUGUAUCUUAGAAGCAGAGGUUUUGUGCUGCUUUGGGUCAGUGCAAAAUGUCUCUGAAAUGCAGCUUUGCAUUUCUGUAGAUGCAUUAAAAUAUUUGACCAAUUGGAGAAGACACUCAAAUUCCAAAUAGUGGUUGAAGAAAAGAAGUCAGAACUGGAUGUUUACACUACAUGUACAUGUAUGUGUACAGUGUAGAUGUUUAGCCCAAUGUACAUUCUGCAAUAUAUGUGUACUAAACAACAUAGAUAUUGAGGUGAUUUUCUGUUGGAGUUUUCUUGUUUGAUUGAUUGUUUGAUUUGGGUGUUGAUAGAAGGGGUUCUGAAUUACUUUGAAAAAUAGUCUGUGAUAAGGGACCACAAAAAAAUCUUGAAAGUGUUUUCAAAAAUACCUAGGUAUUAAUUAUCCUUAAAGCUGAUUUUUUUUUCAUGUUGAAUCUGAGCAUAGGCUAUCAUAGCUAUACAAGUAAUUUGAAAAUGCUUUAAUUGUGAGCAAUGAUUGCCACUAUAAAGGUCCAGGAUAUGACAGAUCAUUGUACUUUUUAGCUGGAGGAACGAUAAUUGCAAUUUAACAUCCUGAGUACUUGAAAGACAGUGAAUUAACAGGUGAUUCUUUGUGUGUUUACGUAUAUAGAUGAGACUUACAAUGAAAGGGACCUUUUCACUGCUUUUGUGUUUUCCCUUUGCAGGUGUCUUUCCGCAGCUUCUAGCACUUAGGCAUGAGCAGGAAGAUGAUAGAGCUGAAACCUCAGGGGUCAGUUAUUGAGGGUGCAGAUUUUCCUUCAGUGUCAGUGCUCUAAAUGGCAUUGGUUUAAAACUAAAUUCACUGAUUCUUCAUUUGAAAAUUAAAUUUUGGAAAUCCAAGGACAUUUUACAAUUUAACUGGAAAGCUAAACUUUUCUUUGUUGCUGUCUAUUAGAGAUAGGCAAGAAAAGAAAAGAAAAGGGAAGUGAAGCAAGGUUUGGAGGAAGAGCACUAGAGAGAAAAUUACAUUUUUGGAAGCAAAUGCUAACUAACUUUCUUGAGCAUCUUGGCUGAGCUUUUCCCUGUGUGUUGGCAUUGCUUAUGUAUGGUGAUGUUUUAGUGGCUACCUCAGUCAAAACUCUUUAAGGUAUUAUUGAGUAAAAAUGAGAUAUUCAUCAACUGUUAGGUGCAUUUACAAAGCAAGACAGUAGUUUAAGAUGUUAUGUAAGACAGGAUUUCACAGUUUUGCUCUAAGUAUUGUUUUUGGUUUGGGGAUUUUCUUUCCUAAGAAAUCUGGCUGAAAACAAACCCAAAAAAUUCUUUUUUCAUUGAGUAAAUUUAACACCCUAUUUUCUCCUGGAGUUUAAAUUGUAGGUCUGCUUAGGGAACAGUGUAAUCAGGGUUUUUUCAUGGAUUUGUUGAUCUAGUACCUCAUCCAUACUUUUAUGCUAUGAUUAUGAUUUUCCCAUGACUCUCUAAAUCCAGAAUGGAUAUAAAUGCACAUGAAGCUGCUUACUGAUUGGUUUUCUUUGAAUUUCUCAAUUCCACAUGCUACUGUGAAGUUCAUGUGGAAAUUCCCUAUCCCAUCCAAGGGGAUCCUGUGUAUCUGAAAUCAUACACAAACCACAUCUGAAAGACUAUAUGAAGUUUCUCCAUGCUCUUUUUCUUCAGUACAUAUCUGAUGGCCAGAAGGGUUUCACUCAGAGGCUUUUGCUUACUUUUGAGUGUUGAACAGCAUUGUAAUCUUAAAUUCAGCACAUUAAAUGCUUGACAGAAUAAGGACUGUUUUUUUCAGCGAUAUGUGUGUUUGCUUGUGGAUAUUCUUUUUUGGUCCUGCAAACCAAUGAUAAACAGUAUUAUGACUUGUUCAGGUCUUUUUGUGUAAUGUGAAGCUGCCUCUGUCCUGCAAUGUCUGGCUGCUGCUCCUUUCCACAAAUCUGAAAUAGCUAUGAAUUAGCUAUCUUGGGUACUUAGCUUGAGCUUAACCUAAGCUCUAGAGCUCCCAGGAAGCUGGAGAUUAAAAUAUGAGCAUGUAGUAUUCCUGAACUUUGUGCUGCCAAGUUGUUCUGGCAGCAAUGUGAAAGGUAAGGGUUAGGGCUGAACAGUGGCUUUAGGAUGUAAAGGAAAUAUGUGAUGCUGUGUGCAGAGUGACUGCAAACAUGGCUGUGGUUUUGUCUCCUGAGGUGGGGUGGGUGCGUCACUAAGGGGGGAAAAUUUUAAAAAGGAAAACUAUGGCAGGAAGAUGUAGGGAGCUAAAACACAGUUCUUAAAAGAUCACAUGGGCACCAAAAACUAUGUGAAAUAUUUGAUUGUUCUAGCAAUAUAAAAAAAAAAAAAAGAGGAAAACAAAAAUUAUAUUUAAUAGCUCUUAAAAAAUAACUUGUAGCAUCUUGAGGCCUAAUGAUCAUCGCUGUAUAGAGCGAUCCAUUUCUGUGCUGUUUGUCUGCCACACCAUUGAUGUCUGUGACAAUCAGGCACAAUGUGUGGUUUGGGGAUACAAUUUUGCCGUAAGUUUCAUAGAACUGUAGCAGUAUGUUACUCUAGAUUUUUAAGAGAAAAAAAUUUAAAAUUACUUGUUGUUACUUUUAAUGAUAAUAAAUUGCUGUUAAAGAGA